AAGAAAAAAAAUCAUACAUGUAGAUAUAUAUAAAGAAAGAAUACAAUUAAAAUAUUUUUCAAAUAUUUAUUGUUGUUACAUGGUUAAUGAUUGUAAAAUCCAAUACAAGGAGAAUUGUUAAAAAUUAAAAAAAAAAGUUUUAAAUAUUGAAAGAAAUAAAGAUAUAUAAAAAAAAAUACAAAAUUAGUGUUAAACCUUUAUCCCUCUUUACCCUAAAAGUAGAAAAAGUGAAAAAUUUAAAAGAAAAAAAAUAUUGUUUAAAAAAAUUCAAAUUAAAUAUUUAAACUCGUUUAAUGGAGAAAAGUUGAAAAAAGAGAAAAAUUAUAUAGAAUAGAAAGUUUCAAGUAAACCACCACCACUAUACAUCAUUAACGUCAUCUGUGUUGCCGUCGUCGUCAACCUUUUCUGGAGCAUGUAAAUAAAAGCCAUAAAAAUCAUUAAGCAACAAGGAGCACACAAACACUUAAAUAUAUACACACACACACACAUACAUAGAUAGACUCAGCUACGGAGGCAGCCUGGAAUUGUAUACGUGCGCUGUAUAUUUCAGAUAUUUGUGUGUGUGUGUGUUUGUAUGCUGGUAUAUAAAUAUGUUACCACAAACUAAGUUGUAAAAAUAAUAUACGAAAAAGUUAAAUGGAUUAAAUGAGAGAAACAAAAACCAGCCACCAAGUCAACCAAACAACCACACAACCAAACAAGACAAGUCCAGCCCACUUAAUCCCCAGCAAAUUCCAUCAACUGCAAAAACUAAUUUACGACUAAAGAAAACCAAAUAAAACCGCAAUAUGUUUAUAAAAUGUAGUAAAUUUUGCCAAAACUAUAACCAACAAAAAAGGCAGCAACAACACUAAAACCACCCCCCCCCAAAAACUUAAUUGAAAUAUUAAUAAUGUUUCAGCUGCCAAUAUAGAGAAAAGUAGCAAGCAAAAAACGGAAUUAAUAACAAAAACCAAAGAAAAAAAGUUCAAGUAAAUAAAAAUAAUUCCCAGAAAUGCAAUAACCUUAAGGCGAUUAACUACAACAGCCAUAAACAAUUAUCGUCCUCCCAAAAGAGCAAACAGUAGAAACAACAACAACAACAAAACCCCAGUGAAAAAAAAAACAAACAACAACGCAACAGAGAGUGUUAUAAACUAAUUGGAAUAUUUUUAAUUAAUUAAUUAAUCAGCCAAGAGCAAGGGCAUAAAAAAGGUCUCUGGCAAAAAUAUUUUCCCUGGGGGUCAAACAGUAAGACUCGCCACUCAGAGAAAUCCAAACCCUUUCGCUCUCUGUCUCUCUCUGUCUCCCACACUAGGGAACGCAUUAAAAUUGAAAUAUGAACUGAGUUUGUUUGGCUGGCCCAGCUCCAUCGAAAUCGCAACGAAUCGAUUUGAGGCGCGUAAAUGGCAUGCCGCGUAUAACAGUUAGUCGCUGUUCACUAAUUGCCAAUAAAUUGCUCAUUGCUGUUAAUUGCAGCUAAUAAAUCGUUGCUUCGCAUUUGUCGUUCUUCAAUUAAGUUAAAGCGCGUCAGUGAGUGUGCGUUCGUGUGUGUGUGUGCGUACGUUCGUGCCUUCGUUUGUGCCAGUUAUUGGUAUAUUCUCGUUAUCGGUAUCGGUUUUGUCCUUUGCUUCGCGUGUUGUUUUGGUGUUGUUCAUUUAUUGUAAAACCUAUUACACUCUCUGUUGUUGUAUCACUCUCCCACUCUCUGUCGCUCUCUCUCCCUCCAUAAAAACGUACAAUUUAUUAUUGUUUUUCUAGUCAGUUGAUAGUGGCGACUACUGCUGCUACAGCUACUGCUACUGCUGUUGUAUAUUUAGUGCACAAUUUGACAAAUUGCAUAUUUGUACUUCGUUUUUUUUUAUUCUUCUAUAUAUGACUGGGCACAACAGAAACUUGUCAUUGUGUGCAUGACUUUAUGUUUCUCUCAUACGUACGCCUGCUAUAGUGUAUGUGUGUGUAGUAUAUCUAUGACGUCUUCGCUUUAUAGUGGCGCCAUAGGAAAUUUUAUCACUGGUCGUCGUGCAUAACCGAAGUCCAAGUUACAAAAAAAAAACACAACACAAUGAAAAUGCUGUUUAGAAAAUAUAAUCGCUAACCCAACAAAAGCUAAACUAGCGCUCAAGAUUUAACUGUCUGUAUGUUUGUGUGUGUGUGUCUCAGUAUUGUCUUAACAAGCGAUAAAAAACUCUAUGUCUAACACCUUGAAUUACUAACACCAAUAAACAAAGCUAACAAACGCAGUAGUCAAACCAAAAGGCGCCACAUCAGCAACUAAUACCAGCAAAACAACAAAAGCAGCUGCCAAAGAGCAACACAGGGGACAUAUUUUUACCCAAAAAAUAAAAUGCUUAACAAAUCAAUAUGCAAAUUUACUAAAAAUAGUGCCAAACCAAAGUAUGUUGUACCUGAAAAUUGUAAAAUUUAAUUAAACAAAGAAUUCUAGAUAAUUGAAAGAUGAAGAGAACAAAAUGAUUUAUAAAUAGUGUGUGGACAACAAGUAGAAGUACCAUACCCCUCCUAGAUACAACCAUUGAUCCCCUCCAAAAAAAAAAGAGAGAAAGAAGACGACAACAAAACGGAGGCCAUUGUUCAAAUCCCCUUCAAAUCCCAUCCAGUAGCAGUAGUAGCCUACAGAAGAAGAACGAAGAAAUUUCACAAAACAAAAAUCAAUUUGUGUUCCAUUAGAAAAUAAGCGUUUAAAAGCCAACGGGAAAAAACCAAAAAAAAAAAAAAGAGGACCAAAACCAACAUUUCAAAAGACUUGGUUGCUGCAGCAAAUUGUAAUUGAAGUUGCCAUGGCAGGUCCACAAGUACAACGUCCUGCCAGCGCCUACUACACCGGCUUAAAUGGCUCUUCCAAUGGAGGUCAUCAUGGCAAUAAUGGAGCCGGUGCUGGUGCCAACGGCGCUGGUGGGGGUUUGGUCACCAGCACUUCGCAUCACACGGGAUUGCACACCAUACGCACCAUAUCACACGACAGCGAGUUAAUCUAUCGCGGUAGUGCGGCCAACGCCUCCAAUGGCACGCAUCUGACGCAUAAUCCCAGCAAUGUCAGCCAUAAUAGUGCAGGCGGUGGUGGCAUUGGCGCCUCCUCCCAGACAUCAUUGCCGCGCGACACUUGCACGGCCAGCACCAGUCGCUCGGUAAUCCAAACACAACCCGGCCCAGGUUCAUCAAUAGGCAGCAUAUCGGGUGGAGGCGGCCUGGGAGGCAGCAGCACCAUAAAUAUCUCCUCUAUAGCUGGUACGGGGCAAAAUCCCAAUGAUGCUUUAAUUGUUCCUGUGACAACAGCACUGACCAAAUCGUCAUCACAGCAUUCGCAUUCGCAUUCCCUUCAAGCUUCCAAUCGCGAGAAACAACGCAGCAUAGAAAUCAUUGUCGAUGCUUCAAAGUGUGGCAGUGAAGUGGACGACUUAAAGGGCGAAGAAGAUGAUGUGGAGCAGGGCAAAUCGAGGCGUUCAUCGAGGCAUCGUCAUCGGCCGUUGCAUCGAAGACUGAUGACCUAUCUGAGGAGUUUAUUUCACAGAAGUACCACACAAACUGAUUCCGAACUUGAAGAAUUUGAAACACCAGCUCGUUAUCGCCCCGACUCGCUCAGUGCCUUGAGUCGGGCCACCCGCUUUACAGAGGAUGAAAUCAAGCGAAUUUAUCGCGGUUUUAAGGCUGAGUGUCCCACGGGCGUAGUCAAGGAGGACACCUUCAAAGUGAUCUAUUCGCAAUUCUUCCCACAGGGAGCAAAUCCAACAUUAUAUGCCCAUUAUGUAUUCAAUACACUGGAUCAGGAUCACACGGGAAUUGUUAGUUUUGAGGAUUUUGUUCAAGGACUUUCGAUAUUGUCGCGCGGUUCCGUGGAGGAGAAAUUACGUUGGACUUUUCAAUUAUAUGACAUCAAUGGUGAUGGCUAUAUAACACGGGAAGAAAUGACUGAUAUUGUGACUGCCAUUUAUGAACUGAUGGGACGUCUGCCCGAUGAGCUGCCCGAGGAGGAGAAAAUCAAAGGAAAGGUGGAGCGAAUAUUUCAGAAAAUGGACAUAAAUCGUGAUGGGGUAGUGACAUUGGAGGAAUUCCUGGAGGCUUGUCACAAUGACGAAGCCAUCUCGAGAUCAAUGUCGGUCUUUGAUUCCGCAUUCUGACCAUAUCCGCCCAAGGAAUAUGAAUUGAAAAAAUCAUCAUCCACACAUACAGCCAAGAAGACCAAAAGUUUAGUUGAUAAUAGACGCAAAGGAGGACAUUCACGAUACGAGGAUAGGAAACACAAACAAAUUAAAGCUUUGAGAGAACAACGAAAACAACAAAAACUUAAAGAGAAAUACACGGAGGGACAUGAUGGAGGAGGCGAUGGCUACAAUGAGGAUGAUGAGGAUAGGGAAAUUGAGGAGGUCUUAAACAUAACCAUACAUAGCGAAGAAAAACUUAAUGAUGCUGCCUACUGCAGAAAUGGCGACGAUGAGGAUGAGGUGGAGGAAAAUGUUGGAAGCUUUGCGAUUGACGAUGUUGCCACCUCCGAUAGCGAUUUAAGUGAAUCGGAGCACUCCUUUUGUCGCCAUUGUUUGCGACCCCAAUCUGAUUUGCAAUUGAGAUAUAUGCGACCUAGACAACGUAGCAAACUAAGACAUUCACAGCAGGCGAAGAGGGAGCGCAGUAAAUCGCGUUACAGUGGUGGCAACUGUGGUGGCGGCAAGGGGGGAGGAGGAGGUGGCUCCAAUGGCGGUGGCGGCAAUGGCGGAGACCAUCAACAUCAUUCGAAAACGCGUAAGAAACGUUCCAAGAGUCGUGCCAAACGUGCCCGGAAUGGUAAACACUCCAGUAGUGGCCACAACAAUCGCAAGGAGCAACAACGGCACCACCACCAUCAUCACCAACAGCACCAACAAAAACAUAAACUGCCAUUAAUACGGGAUCUAAAUGCGGCCAACGAGCAGGCCAUACGUUUCCGUUGUCCUCAAGUGGGACCCCAGGUGGGACGUGAUCGACAAAUGCCACCACUGUUGCACUUUCAUCAUCCGCAGCACGUGCAACAGCAUCUUACAGCAUAUCAACAGCAUUACCCUCACCCUAUUUACACCCAAGCACAGACGACAAACGAACAGCAGCUACAGCAAACAGGUUGCAAGCACCACAGCCCCACAUCACACACUACGCUGAUUAUGGAGAGUGACCUGAAGCAGCAGCAACAGCAACGGUCUCCUCCUCCUCACAAUCAAAAAUCAAAUCAAACUCCACAAGAUGGCCAAGACAACACCACCAUUGAUAUUGGUGGCCCAGAUGCAGCAGCAACAACAACUGGUCUUGGCAACUGCACUCAUCCGCCAAAUCCCAAUUGUCAACAGCCAGGGUCAGUUCCUGGCUUGUGUCAUUGCCAACUAGCUAUGGUGGGAGCCACGAAUCAAACAAUCCCUAAUGCUUCCACCAGCACAAGACCAACACUACCGCAACUGCCACUAACAAACCUGGAGAGCGGCGGCCCUUCAACGGUGGUCAUUGCUUCAAGGGGACAAUCUCCUAAUGGCAAUGUUGCCACCACAUCAACUGGGGCAAUGGAUGCGACAGUGGCGGUUGUUGCCGCGGCCACCACCCCAGAAUCACCUUCGUUGGUGAAAGUGAGCACUUGGUAUACGGUUGCUAAGCAAGGUGUCUCUUGCUAAUAUUUUCCCUUAAAUUGGUCGCCAAUUCUAAUAACACAAAGACUACUUUGGUAAAAACAAAAACAAACACAUACAACAAGACUUCAACACAGUUAAGAGGACUUUAGUUGCAAACUCCCUCUAAACGUACACACACACACACCCAAGCACAAAAAAUACACAAACAAGCGCAAAAGGCUAACACGCACACAUAGACACAUGCAUUAGUUAAGAAACGGGUUUUCAAAUGACACAUUUGUUUGUUUGGAAAGUUGGUACACCGAUAAAAUCGAAACUUACUUAAUUACUCAAAGUGAUUGCGAUCGGAAUAUGGUCUAAUUUGAAGUCAUU